GUAACUAUAAACAUGUUUCAUCUUCUAUACAAAAAGAUUUAGGGAGAGGAACAAGUGUUGAUAUACUGGAAAGAAGGACAUCUCAUCAAGAUUCCAAAGACAGGAGAUCUGAGCAAAUGUGAAAACUACAGAGGUAUUACACUACUGUCAAUACCAGGGAAGGUCUUCAACAGAUUGUUACUAGACUGAAUGAAAGACUCAGUAGACGCCCAACUUCGAGAUCAACAAGCUGGAUUCCGUAAACAUCAAUGGUGCAAAGACCAAAUUGAGUGGAACUCGUCACUGCACAUCAACUUCAUUGACAAUGAGAAGGCGUUCGACAGUGUAGAUAGAAGAACAUUAUGGAAAAUUCUUCGACACUACGGAGUUUCUCAGAAGAUUGCCAAUAUUAUCCGGAACUCAUACGACGGACUACAGUGCAAAGUAGUGCAUGGAGGACAGCUGACAGAUGCAUUCCAAGUAAGGACCGGAGUCAGACAAGGCUGUUUACUCUCUCCAUUCCUCUUUCUUCUGGUGGUCGACUGGAUUAUGAAGACCUCGACAUCUGAAGGAAAACACGGAAUACAGUGGACAGCUCAGAACCAAUUAGACGAUCUGGACUUCGCAGAUGACCUAGCCCUCCUAUCACGUACACGUGAACAGAUUCAGAUAAAGACAGCCAAUGUAGCAGCAGCCUCUGCAUCAGUAGGCCUCAACAUACACAAGGGGAAAACCAAAGGAAGAACAGCAAUCCAAUCACUCUUGAUGAUGAAACACUGGAAGAUGUGGAAUCCUUCACAUACCUGGUCAGCAGCAUCAUCGAUGAACAAGGAGGUUCAGAUGCAGACGUAAAGGCAAGGAUUGACAAAUCACUAUUGAACAAUAUAUGCAACUCAAAACAACAGUCUAUCAACCAAUAUCAAAGUCAUAAUCUUCAAUACGAACGUCAAAACAGUUGGUUCUACCGUACGGAGCUGAAACUUGGAGAACUACUACAACCAUCAUCAAGAAGGUACAAAUAUUUAUAAAUAGCUGUCUACGCAAGAUACUCAACAUCCAAUGGCCGGAUACUAUCAGCAACAGCCUUCUGUGGGAAAGAACAAACCAGCUUUGAGCUGAAGAAGAAAUUAGGAAAAGACGACGGGAAUGGAUGGGACAUUCAUUACGCAAAUCAACAAACUGCAUCUUGAGGCAAUCGCCAACUUGGAAUCCUGAAAGGAAGCGGAAAAGACGAAGGCCGAAGAACACAUUAGGUCAGGAAAUAGAAGCAGAUAUGAGAAGGAUGGAUAACAACUAGAAAGAGCUGGAAAGGAAUGCUCAGGACAGGGUUGGAUGGAGAAUACUGGUGAGCGGCCUAUGCUUUUUCACGAGGAGUAACAGGAGUAUAUAAACUAGAUUAUUUUUUUUCUGGCUAACGUGGAAGAGAACUUACCAGAUUCCAGUGGAGGAAGAAAUCUGAAAGAAGUGUUGGAUGUGGAUAGGACACAUAUUGAGGAAAGCAAUCAACUACAUCACAAGACAAGCCCUCACUUGCAAUCCUCAAGGCUUAAUAAAAGAGAAGAGGAAGACCAAUGAACACAAUACACCGAGAACUGGAGACAGACAUGAGAAGAAUGAACAACAAUCGUAUAGAAUUAUAAAGAAAGGCCGAGGACAGAAUAGGUUGUCGAAUGCUGGUCGACGGUCUAUGUUCCAUUGGGAGUAACAAGACAAACACAUCAUCAACUCUGAGUAAUUGCCAAUGUAAAUAUUCUGCUACAACAACAACUAAUACAAUGUUUGAUGAAAACAGUGAUGAAUUAUUGAGGAUAGAAACAAAGAAAUACAUAGGAAAAGCUUUAGCUAUUCAAAGAACACGAAAAUCUACUACCUUAGUUAAUUAUCCAGUUAUCUUGUUCAAAACUUUAAAUGAUGAGCCUGUUUCGGUCAGAUGAUAAAUGUUCAUAGAACAUUAAGUUGUAGUGUGGCGUCGAGUCGCUGUUGACUAUGAUCACCACUACAAGAAGGUUGCGUACCAGAUAUCAGAAGGUGAUUGGAGGUUGUAGCGAGAUAUAUUUGUUGGAGAUCUUGUGGUAUCGAAAGAAUAUCGAGAUCGUGCCAAAGAAGUACAAGCGAAAUCACUGAGCAAACGUGUGUGCAAGGUCACAAUCAACGGAAGUAAGUAUGUCUUUAGUACAGUUAAACAAACAAGUACAGUGAAACAAUCACUGGUACAAUUGGUUAUAAUAAUAAUAAUUGUUUCCAUUAAACCAAUCGCGUUCUGUUGAUAAAAGUAGGUCACCACAAAGUUAUUGAGCUUCUUAUGGAUUCAUUUAAGUGUACAAAUAUUUAAUUUAAAUUUUAGUAUCUACGCAACAAAAAAACAACUCGGAAUUUACCAAGUUUAAUUGUCGAGUAAUUAUAAACUUAUAAAUUCAUUGGGUAUUGUUUACUUAAAUCUUUCUGUUAUGACCUUGCGUCUCCCAAUUAUUUUGUUU